AUGCCGUCCGCAUCCGUCAAAAACCCAAACUGCAUCUCGCGCAACCGACAGCGAGCCCUCCGCGCCAAAGCCCGCAAGCACACCCAGCAAGCCGCCGCCUCGGCUCGCCUGCCCGACCGCGUCGCAAAGGCCGAUACGAAGCGCGGCGCACGAUCUGGCCUGCUCCCCACCAGCGGGCCCAACCGGCCCUUGAGCCGCAAGAAGGCCCGCAAGCUGGAGAAGCAGAUGGCGCAUGCCAUCAGGAGGAAGCGGGAUGAGGAGGAAAGGCAGUCCCAGGUCGGGAUGAAGGACGCCGAGGACAAGAGCUCCAAGAAGCAGCUCAAGACGGAGAGGAACGCGGCCAUGGAGGCGCUGGAGAAGAUGGAGAUCUCAUGA